GAGCCGACCUGUUGAUCCAACGGUGCAUGGCACCACGGCGCUCGUGCUAAUCACACUCCCCGUUUCCUUACUUCACUGUUCAGCGCACUUCCAUUCUCUCUCUAAACCCCGUCUUCUCUUUCUCUCUCUAGAACAGUGACUUCAUCCCUCAAUGAUCACUAUUUCUCCUUUUUAUCAACUAAAUUGAUACUAUGGUCGUUCGAAACUAGCUUAAAUAUUUGAACUGUUAAAAGUUAAUUUAAGAAGAUUUUUUUUUUUUUUUGGGGCUAAUUUUGAGUUUGAAAUUCGCAGUUUUGGGAGGCGUAAUUUAAUGUUAGUGUUUUAUGUGCAAUGAUUACUGAUAGUUAUUCAAAGAUGAUAUCAAUGGUAGGAGGAAACAACGAUUUUAAUGAUCGGGAGAGAGAGCUAAGCAUGUUGCGAAGCGGUUCUGCUCCGCCCACUUUUCAAGGAUCGCUUAGCGCUUUUGCUGAUUUUGGUGGUCUUUCAGAGGAAUUAAGGUCUGAUCCAGCCUACAUUGCCUAUUACUACUCCAACGUCAACCUAAACCCUCGCCUUCCGCCGCCUCUUCACUCCAAAGAGGACUGGCGGUUCGUGCAGCGUCUCCAAGGCACUAAUGCUGCAGCUAAUGGUAGCUCUGUGGCAUUAGGGGAUAUUGGAGACCAGAGGAAGUUGAUUCGAGGUGAUAAGGGAGCUGAUGAUAUGUCACUUUUUCCGAUGCAGUUGGGAUUUGGUCAGGAAGAUGGAGAUGUUGGAAAGGAGGAUGAGAAGGAAUGGCGCGGAGAUGGACUUAUUGGGUUACGUGGGCUUGGAUUAGGAAGCCAGCAGAAGAGCAUUGCUGAGAUGAUUCAGGAUGGUAGAAGUCAAGCAACGUCUACUUCGAGGCAUCCAUCUUGUCCACCUAGCCGUGCAUUCGAUGAUGUUGUCGAUCCUUCUGGAUCCCAAUUUGCUCAUCUCCAUCACGAGUUGGCAUCUUUGGAUGCAUUACAUUCUCAGGCAAAGAUCCAAGGCACAUCUGCACUCCAAAGCGUCACCACAUCAGGCUGUCAAUCUUAUGCUUCUGCUUUGGGCUCAUCAUUGUCGCGAAGUACCACCCCUGACCCUCAGCUUGUAGCUAGAGCUCCUAGUCCUCGUAUUCCUUCUGCUGGAGGAGGGAGGAUAAGCUCAAUAGAUAAAAGAAACGUAAAUGUCCCUAACACAUCGGAGAACAUUCCAUCUAAUAUGGGGGAGCAUGCUGAUCUGGUAACUGCAUUGUCUGGCAUGGGUCUGUCAGUGCAUGGUAUGGGAGAUGUACGAAAGCAUCAAAAUACUCAAAAUCAUAAUGAGAUUGAUAAUCACCAGAACCUCUUUCAUCUGCAGAGGGAUCAAAAUCCUAUGAAGCAGCAUUUCUAUGCGAACGAGUCUGAAUCAGUUCAGUUUCGUAAAUCUGCAUGUUCAUCUGCUGCUUCAUACUUGAAAGGGCCUUCUAACCCAACUCUCAGUAGUGGAGGAAGUUCACCAUCUCAAUAUCCAGCUGUUGAUAAUCCUAAUUCAAUGUUUUCUCCAUAUGGUUUAGGAGGUUAUGAUAUGAACCCUUCAUCACCAUCGAUGUUGGAAAACCAACUUGGGGGUGGUAAUUUUCCUUCAUUAUUUGAAAAUAUUUCUGCUGGGGCAACAAUGGGUGCCUGUGGAAUUGAUCCUCGAGCAAUGGCAGGAGGCUUGAAUUUUUGUCCUAAUCUAUUGGCUGCUGCAGCUGAAUUACAGAACAUUAAUAGACUUGAUGGUCAGACCUUGGGUAGUUCACUGCAAAUACCUCAGGUGGAUCCCAUGUACCUUCAGUACUUGAGAUCAACUGAGUAUCUUUGUGCUCAGCUAUCAGCUGUUAAUGACCCAACUGUUAGCAGGGGAUCUCUAGGCAAUUCAUACAUGGAUUUGCUUGAGCUUCAGAAAGCAUAUUUUGGGGCACUGUUUGCGUCUCAAAAAUCACAGUAUGGUCUUUCGUGUCUUGGAAAAUCUGGUGGCUUAAAUAAUGGUUACUAUGGGAAUAUAGCACUUGGCGUUAAUAUGUCAUAUCCUGGAAGCCCUUUGGCUGGUGCAGCUCUUCACAAUUCUCCCUUUUGGCCUGGUAGUCCUAUAAGGUAUGGCGAAAGGAACAUGCAUUUUCCUUCAGGGAUGAGGAACUUAUCUGGUGUAAUGGGAGCUUGGCAUUCCGAGUCUAGUUCUAACUUGGGAGAAAGCUUUGCUUCGACAUUAUUGGAUGAGUUUAAGAGCAACAAAAGUAAGUGUUUGGAGCUGUUGGAGAUUGAAGGCCAUGUUGUUGAGUUCAGUGCGGACCAGUAUGGAAGCAGGUUCAUUCAACAGAAGUUGGAGACCGCUACAACAGGGGAGAAGAACAUGGUCUUCUCUGAAAUUAUGCCACAAGCUCUUUCAUUGGUGACUGAUGUGUUCGGUAAUUAUGUGAUCCAGAAGUUUUUUGAACAUGGAAGUGCAUCUCAGAUUAGAGAACUAGCUGACCAGCUCAAUGGGCAUGCUCUAACACUUUCUCUUCAAAUGUAUGGUUGCCGAGUGAUCCAGAAGGCCAUAGAGGUUGUUGAUCUGGACCAGCAAACCAAAAUGGUCACAGAGCUUGAUGGUCAUGUUAUGCGCUGUGUUAAAGAUCAGAAUGGGAAUCAUGUUAUCCAGAAGUGUAUUGAAUGCGUACCAGAGGAUGCCAUCCAGUUCAUUAUUUCCACAUUUUAUGAUCAAGUUGUGACAUUGUCCACCCAUCCAUAUGGAUGUCGGGUCAUACAGAGAGUCUUGGAACACUGCCAUAAUCCUGAAACACAGAGCAUUGUGAUGAAGGAGAUUUUGCAAUCUGUUUGCAUGCUGGCACAAGAUCAAUAUGGGAAUUAUGUUGUUCAGCAUGUAUUGGAACAUGGAAACCCAGAGGAGCGUACUUCUAUAAUUAACAAACUGAUGGGGCAGAUAGUUCAGAUGAGCCAGCAGAAAUUUGCCUCGAAUGUUGUGGAGAAGUGUUUAUCCUUUGGAACUCCUGAAGAACGCCAGACCUUGGUAAAUGAGAUUCUGGGCUCUGAAGCUGAAACUGAUCCUCUUCAGGUGAUGAUGAAAGAUCAGUUCGCAAACUAUGUUGUACAGAAAGUGCUGGAGACGUGUGAUGACCAGCAACUUGAAUUGAUUCUCAACCGAAUAAAGGUUCAUCUAAAUGCUCUGAAGAAAUAUACCUAUGGAAAGCACAUAGUUGCCCGUGUAGAGAAACUAGUUGCUGCUGGAGAGAGGAGGAUCAGCGAUCUGGCUUCGUAUUCAGCUUAGAUAGCAUAGGAAGGAAACUGUACAGCUAAUUGAGGCUAGGAUGAGUGUCCUUGUCUUUGUUCUAUUGUAGCUUUGGCUCUACCUGUUAUCAUGGAGCACGUUAAAAAAUAAGAAUGUUUGUAGUACAUGAGUUGUACAUUAUUAGUUGAGGUAUACCUAGAGUUGGGUUAAACGUUAGGUGAGGCUCAGAUGGUAAACAUACCUGAUGCCACUGGCGAGAAGAUAAAAGUAACUGUACAAGGGUGUAUAAAAGAAACUGUAGAAGUCUAUUCGUGACUAUACAAACGUUGCCUUGUGCAAAGCCUGUGUUUUUUUAGGUUAGCACGAGGUUUUCCUAAUGAAUGGAUGAUUAUUUUCCUUUCGAAAAACAAA